GUUCGCCCCGUUACAAUAAUUUGAGUCAACAAAAGAUAACUUACGUAGAAUUCCUCUCGUCUAUUUCAACGUCACUAAUUGGUGAUCAGAAUGCACCGAAAAGAAAGGGUAGAAAACGAAGAUGUCGGUAAAUUAUUUAUAUAAAAUAUUUUUUUGGCAGAAUGUGAACAAAAUAUGCUAACCUUUUACUAAAACAAGUGCGAUGGCAUAUAAAAGCGAUGUACAACAAUUUGAAAAAACCUAUAAUAUCUCUAAAAACCCUCAGAUUUUGGUGUAAAUACGAAAGUUAGAAAGUAAUAUGGGCUCCUAUUUUGAUCACUGUUCGCAAUGCUUGUAGGACCCCUUAUAUAAGUAUCACGUAGUCAUGUUGUAUAAAUAAUGUUCAUAAAUUGCGAGGGAGAGAAAGAAAAUGUUUCUGAUACACUACCAGCGCAUUAUAUAAUUUUGAAGUGGUGUCCGAGAGAGAUGUUUAAACAUAUAAUACUGAACUAAUUGAAUUGAUAAUGGAGAUUGUGGAUUUCUACUUUAAAUCGAAAUUACUUCGUCGUGAUAAAUUGUAUCGAAAAAUAUUUAAUGGAUAGGCUGAUACACCCCAUGCCUAUCUGUUGGCUACGCCACUAUACUUAUAAACUAUAAUAAACACAAUUUUGUUUUUCUAGGUGUUGCUAUACAAACUGUUUUAAUUGGAAUUUUCAGUCGUUAUGCUUUUCCUUAUAAAUGGUCAUGGAUUCAAUCUAUUUUAUUUGGCUCAAUAUUAAGUGCUACAGAUCCUGUCGCUGUUGUUGCUCUAUUACAUGAUAAUGGUUGUAAUCAUUUAUUAACACAAUUAAUUGAUUCGGAAUCAUUUUUAAAUGAUGGUGUUGCAUUUAUUAUAUUUUCAAUAUUUUCACGUUUAUUAACUGUUCAACAACAACAACAAGUGAAUGUAGAAAUUGUUAAAACUACAAUAGGUAUUGCAACUGUAUGGUGUUUAAAUCAUAUUCGGAAUCAAUUAGAAAUCGAAAUUAGUUUAACAUUUGCUUUAACGUACAUCAUCUUCUAUGUUGGUGAUACUGAAUUAGGUUUAUCUGGAAUUCUUACUAUUUGUGUAUUUGGUAUUUAUCUAUCGAAACAUAAAUAUUCCAUUAGUUAUAAUUUACAACAACAAUUACAAUCGAUAUGGAAAUUAAUUGUUUAUUUUAUAAAUAUAUGUGUAUUUACAAUAAUUGGAUUUAUUUUAGCUAAAACGUUUUUUUAUUCAACUGUAUCACAAAUAACAUCGAUUGACUUUGGUUAUUCUAUACUAUUGUAUCUUAUUAUACAAUUUAUACGUUUAAUAACUAUUGUUAUCCUAUAUCCAUUGAUACGUUUGAGUGGUGUCAAGUUAACAUUAAAUGAAUACUUUAUGUUAGUCUGGUCUGGUCUACGAGGCAUCAUAUCAUUAAUUGGUGUUUUAUUGGUCUAUUUGGAGAAUACAGAUGAUGGUUAUUGUCAGAAAAUUUUAUUUCAUGUAUCGAUUAUUGUUCUACUCACACUAUGUAUCAAUGGUAUAACAAGUAAAUAUUUGGUAAAAUAUUUGUUAAAAUUAAAUCAUUUACAAGAACAAUCAAUUGUUUCAAUUAAAAAGAUACAAACUUAUUUAAAUUUAAUAACUUUAAAAAAAUUACAAUCAAUAAAACAAAAUUAUAGUGAACAUGAUGGUAUACAGUGGAAUGAGAUGUAUCGGUGUAUAAUUCAAAGAGGAGAAGAAGAUAUAAGUGAUAAUCAAACGAGACAAAAUCCGCUAUUCAAUGUCUGUUUCAUAGAUGAUAAUAUUGUCUCUAAUGAAGACGAUGUAAGUUUUUAUCGACAUCAAUUACUAUUUGAACCAUUCGAAUCCUCAUCUAUAGACGACGAACAUCUGAUUAUACAAAUGAUCUAUAACUACGAACAACAAUGGUCAAAACAAAUGAUUAAACGAUCAACAUUGAAUACAUUAGUUGAAUGCUCUACAAAAGCGAAACAAAAAUCUGAUUUAUCAUUAUUAUGGACAUAUAUAAGCAAACAUUUUAAAUUAUCAUUUUAUCUCAAUUAUAUCUACAAGAAUAAUUAUUUAUUUCAAAAAAUUUAUCAUUCAUUUCUGAUUCGUUUUCUUAAAAAACAAAUAUUUAAAAAAUUAAAUAAACAUAUUGAAGUUAGCUUAGAUUUAACAACAAAUUAUUUAUAUUCUACCAAAAAAUUAAAUAUAGACAAAGAAUAUCAAGAAAAAUGUAAACAAUUUUUAAUCAAUAUAAAACGAUCAUUUAAAUCAAUUUGGCAACAAUAUCAAACAAAAAUAAUUGUUCAAGAAUUAUUAAAUUUUCAAUGUGACAAUGUCGAUCAUUUACACACUCAAGGUUUAUUAUUGGACAAUGAAUAUAAAUUUUUAUUAGAUAAAUAUUUUAAUAAAUUAAAAAAAUUUAUUCCAUACGAUAAUUGUUAUGUCGAUUCAUGUCAAUUAUUUUUUGAAUUACCUUUAUAUCAAACAUUAACUGAUCAUUAUAAAUAA